UGUUGUGAGAGAGAGAACACUUCAAACUGUGACCAAUUACUUUAUAGUGAGUUUAGCCGUUGCUGAUCUUCUAGUCGCCGUAGUUGUUAUGCCGUUUGGAGUUUAUUAUUUGGUAAACGGUUCGUGGGGCUUGCCGGCCUUUGUGUGUGAUGUGUAUAUUGCGAUGGACGUUACCUCCUCCACUUCAAGUAUUUUCAACUUAGUCGCCAUCUCUGUUGAUAGGUAUAUAGCAGUAACACAACCAAUAAAAUACGCAAAACAUAAGAAUAACCGGCGGGUGUGGUUCACCAUUGUUCUCGUAUGGCUGAUAUCAGCCGCCAUCGGUGCACCUAUUGUGUUGGGUCUGAACGACACGCCUGAUCGCAACUUCGACGAAUGCCUCUUCAACAGUCAGAACUACGUUAUCUACUCAUCAUUAGGAUCUUUCUAUAUACCUUGCAUCAUGAUGAUGUUCCUCUAUUAUAAUAUUUUUAAGGCAUUAAGAAAUCGAGCGAAAAAACAGCGUGCCGCUAAAAAACCUCCUAUAUCUGGGGAUCCUACGACAGGUGCUACAGCGGCUGUGGUCAUAGAAAAUGUAGCACAAACAAGAAGGCUAGCCGAAACUACGCUACACGAUGAUAGACCUACUAAUACUGGUUCCGGUAGCAAUGAGGAUGAUCACGAGGAUAGCUUUGACAAUAGAUCGGCGGAUCUAGAAGCGGAUGCUGACGACUGUCAUGUCAUACCCAAUGAUAAAUCAACGGAGUUCAUGCUAGCAACUGUUGUUGAAGAAACCGCAAACACUCCAAAGAAAAGUUUGAAGUCGCAACCUCCCGAUCCCAACGGCAAUAAUGAUUCAGGAUACGCACCGUCCAAUCUGGAAGACACCAUCAGGGAGCACAUGUCCCCUCCUGGUUCACCCAGCAUGAAAGAUGCUACAAUACUUAAGAACAUGGGAUGUGAUGGCUCAAAGUGGAAGAAAAAUGGGAAGGCGGCAAGAGUGGUCACAGAUUCGAGAAGUGUUUCGUUGGCCGUUCGUUCUGAAGACGAUCACGAGGCUAGCACAUAUGAUGUUAGAGACGGUUCAUCAGCUAAAAAAGAAAGAAAAGCCAGUGCAGCCACUGCCCGAUUUACCAUUUACAAAGCUAAUAAAGCCAGCAAGAAGAAGAGGGAAAAGUCAUCAGCAAAAAAAGAGAGAAAAGCUACAAAAACGUUGGCUAUCGUUUUGGGUGUUUUCUUGUUCUGCUGGGCGCCAUUUUUCACGUGCAGCGUUUUGGGUGCUCUAUGCGACAAAUUCCAGCUGCCGUUUUCCCCGGGUGUAACCACAUUUAUACUAACCACGUGGUUGGGUUACAUAAAUUCCUUCCUCAACCCCGUCAUAUACACUAUCUUUAAUCCUGAAUUCAGGAAGGCCUUCCGUAAAAUACUAAAAUGCGGUACCUAG